AUGCCUGAACCAGCGAAAGCGGCGCCGAAGAAAGGCUCCAAGAAAGCUGUCACAAAGACCGCCGGAAAGGGAGGGAAGAAGCGUAGAAAGUCUAGGAAGGAGAGUUACGCUAUAUACGUAUACAAAGUACUGAAACAAGUGCAUCCUGAUACCGGCAUAUCUUCCAAAGCCAUGGGUAUCAUGAACUCUUUCGUCAACGAUAUAUUUGAACGCAUCGCAGGCGAGUCGUCCCGCUUGGCUCACUAUAACAAACGCUCAACUAUAACUUCACGGGAGAUUCAGACGGCUGUGCGGUUGCUGUUGCCCGGAGAACUUGCGAAACAUGCCGUUUCGGAAGGCACAAAGGCUGUCACCAAGUAUACAAGCUCAAAGUGA